AAAAGAGAAAUAUCUCGCUGCUUUGCUCACCACACUGAUGUAGAACGCGAGCCACAGGGAGUCGCUCGAGCACGGCCGGCUAGGGUCCACCACCACCAAACUGGCGUACAGAGCUUGUGGCUGGAGCAGGGCUGCCUGGAGACGUCGAGAACCCGAGUUCCGGCCAUGAGUUGCAUUGGGAUCGACCUGGGCACCACCAACUCGUGCGUUGCCGUGCUCCUGCACGGCAAGGUGGAGGUGAUAGCCAACGAGUUCGGGAAGAGGACGACGCCCUCCUGCGUGGCCUUCGUGGAUGGCGAGGCGCAGGCGCUGGUCGGGGAUGCUGCGCUGUCCCAGGCAGCGAGGAACGCCACCAAUACAAUCUCUGAAAUGAAGCGGCUCAUCGGCCGUUCGUUCUCCGAUCCGUGCGUUCAAGCCGACGUUCAGAAUCUGACGUGCAGAGUUGUGAACAACGAGGGUCAGCCCCAAGUGCUGGUGCAGCACAGGGGGAAGGAGUUGUCCUUGACUCCAGAACAAGUUUCCAGCAUGGUUCUCAAGAAGCUGAAGAGUUCGGCGGAGUCUUUCCUGGGACGGCCGGUGCUGAAGGCAGUCAUUACGGUGCCCGCUUACUUCUCUGCGAGGCAACGGGACGCGACUCGGGAAGCGGGUAGGCUGGCCGGCUUGGAGGUGCUGCGCCUGCUGCCCGAGCCGUCGGCCGCCGCGCUCGCGUACGGCCACGAGAGGGCAGACCUGCGCCAAGACCCUGGCCAGGGCAGCCGCACGGUGCUCGUCUACGACCUGGGCGGCGGCACCUUCGACGUGACCAUCGCCGCCAUCGAGGGCACCGAGGUGACCGUCCGCGUCGUGGACGGUGACGACCACCUGGGCGGGCAUGACUUCGACGUGUGCCUCAUGAAGUGGGUUGCCCAGGAGAUACGCUCCUCUCUGGGCGUCGAUGUGGCGAACGAGCCUGCGAAGGUCCGUCGUCUGUUGUCGUUGUGUGAGCGUGCCAAGAGGGACCUGACUGCGCUGACCAAGGCUGAAGUUGACCUGGAACCCCUUCUGCCGGAUCGCGACCAAAUACUCAAACUGUCGAGGGCUAAGUUUGAAAACCUGUGCCAGGACCUCCUCCAGAAGACCCUCGACUGCGUGAGAGCGGCGCUGACCAGCGCAGAGCUGACCGCGGGCGACGUUGACGAGGUCAUCCUGGUGGGCGGCUCCACCCGGAUGCCGGUGGUGACCAGGUUGCUGGCGGACUUGUUCCCGGGCAAGCCGAUCCGCAGGACGGUCAACCCGGACGAGGCGGUGGCGCACGGCGCCGCGCUGUUGGCUGCCGAGCUGUCCGGCGCCAGGAGGAGGGAGACCGACCUGACGGCCGUAGUGGUCCAGGACGUGACGCCUCUUAGUCUUGGCAUUGACGUGAAUGGUGGCUCCUUCUGCUCCAUUAUCCCGCGGAACACCACCAUACCCGCCGAAAAGAGCAAGCGCGUGAGCACCGCCUUCAAAAACCAGAGGAACGUCAGCAUCCAGGUUUACCAGGGAGAGCGUCCUGUGGCCAACAGGAACAUGUUCUUAGGAACCUAUACUCUUCAAAAUCUUCCACCAGGUCCGGAGGGGCUUGGUAUCCAGAUGUCUCUAACCCUGGAUCAGGAUGGCGUGCUACAGGUGAAGGCCAGAGUCGAGGGCAGCGUGCAGUGGGAGGGCUGCUCGCUGGAGCUGCGCGACCGCUCGGCGCUGGAAGUGGACGAGCACGCGGCGCUGGCGGCGCGAACCAAGGCUGCAGACGAGGCGGAGGCCCAGAGGCUGGAGGCACGCUUCAACCUGGAGAAGUGCCUGGUGAACAGCAAGGAGGAGGUAGCGGAUGUGGCCAAGUUUCGUAGCAUUGAAGAUUGGUUGAGCCAAAACCAAAGUGGAUCCAGGGAAGAAUUUGAAGCGAAGCUUACAGAAGCCAAGCUGGCUCUGCGCUGCCGCCGCAACGAGUAUUUUGAAAAUUAUCACACCUCCAAGAGAAGCAAGUUCUUUUAGAACUUUUAAAUACAGGCAACAUCUGUGAUCAGGAUCUCAACAUCCUCUGUUUUGGUUUAGAUCUCUGACUAUUAUUUCUUAUGUUUUAUGAUUUUAAUUGGUUUAAACUCGCAGUUCAGGAUUUAAACAUCCUCUGUUUUGGUUUUGAUGUCUGACUAUUAUUCCUUAUGUUUCGUGAUUUUGUUUCGUUAGAACUCAGUUCAGGAUUUUAAAAUCCUGUUUUAGUUUUGACCUGUGACCAUUUUUCUUGUUGCGUUAUUUUAAUUAGUUUUUAACAAAGGAAAACUGAGUUUCACAAUUUCUUGUACCAACAUCUCUGUAAUUAGUUGGUCUCAAGUAAAUAAUGAUGUAAGAAUGUUGCUCACCUGAGAUGAGCUAAUAAACCUUAAUCUACUCUA